UCGAGAUGGUCUUUUUCACGAGCCGCUUUUCUUUCAUUAUGUCACAUACAGAUUUUAUAGGACUGGUCUGGCUCUUCGUAAAGGACAGCGAUAAUUUAUUUACAUAGCAAUUUGUCGAAAUACCAUCUUCGGUGCUCUAGCCCGCAAUCAAACAAGAAUUGUUGCGACGAAAAACUUAUCAUGUGCCCCAUCUGCGAUGACUGGAGGAAGCAGCAGCAAUAAGCGCGGUUCGGCAGACGAGGCAGAAUUCGCGAGGCGUCCACACAAAUUUCAAAAGAGCAAAAGGAUCAUCAUGACGACAAAACAGCUAAGGGAAACAGUCGGAGACCUCCUGCAGAGCAAGGCGCACUACAUCGCGCACCAAGCCAACUGUCGGCUAAUGGAUGGACGAGCCAAAGGAGUGGCGGCGGGCAUCUACGAAAAGUGGGAAUACGGCAACGUUUACUGGAGCGAAUAUGGCAAACGCACGCCCGGCGAAUGCUGGCUCAUGGAGCCAGGCCAAGAAGGCAAGUCCGGCAAGAGUAAUAACCCGAUAAUAGUGAAUUUAUUUGGUCAGGACAAUGUGGGGCAGCCCGGAAAGGGAAAAUGUCGGGAUGAAACGAAAGAAGUCAGGGAGGGCUACUUUCGCAAAAGUCUUCUAGAUUUCCUGCGCCAGCUGCCCGAAUGCGAAAAGCAACGAUCAGGAAGUUCCGGAGCUGAACCACCGAGGCGGCAAGAGGCGAAAGUGGUCGCUGCGUCAAAGCCAGUACAGAUGUUAUCAAGAGACGAGAAAAUGCGCAAAAUGUCUAGUGAGGCGUCGACCGGUGCGGUCGUUUUGAAGCCUGGACCGAAGACAGUCGCUGAAGACGGGCAACAGGAGAAUGACGUCGAGGCAGCGCGAUCGAGAAGCGGGAGCGUCGUUUUGAAAUCUAAAGAAGAAGUAGCGGCCGAAAAGUCUGCAUCCUCCGCAGCGCCGCCUCGUCCUUCGACAGAUUCCAGCGGGGAAGAUGAAAUGUUUUCCACCGAGACCUCGUCAAAGGCAGACGUGGAGGUGAUCCAGGAGCCGCAAGAAAUCGUGACCAUUGCAUUUCCGAAGAACAUCGGCUGCGGACUGGCGGGUGGCGACUGGAACAAGUACGAGCAGAUGCUGGAAGAGUUCGCGCGGGAAGUGCAGCAAAAGCUCCCGGGAAAGAAGUGGGAAGUUACAAUCUACGAGCUACCGGAGGAAGCUGCUAAGGGAAAAGGCAAAAAGGGAAACAAGAAAAGCGACAAAAACAAGAACUCGGGCGCCUUUGCUUCAGGCUUCGGUAACUUCCACGGACAGAGUAAAGGCAGUGGCAGUGCGGCUGCUAUGGGAGAUAAUGAUGAUAGAGCUGGGAGCGCCCGCGGGGGCUCGCGGAGUAUGUGGAGAAAAGACAAAUGA